AUGAGCAGUAUACAACAUGGUAAAAUUGACGAAUUGCUGGAGGCAAUUAGACAUGAGUUUUCGCAAGUGACACAGGAGGUUGCCACUCACCGUUUGCAAAAUCAAAAGACUCAUGAUUUCGAGAUCAAUCAACAAUUAGUAGAGUUACAACAAAUCAGGGCCACAGUUUACGACCUGGAAGUGGCUCAUAGGAAAUUACAGGAUUCGUACAAAGAUGAACUCGAACAAUUGAGAGUAGUGGCAGAACAGAAGGAUCGCGUGAUCUCUGAUUUAACAAUGGAACUACAAAUGAGGGAGAAGCAGACUUUGUUAAUACCGCCUGUGAUUCCCAAAGAAAUUGCACCCACUGAUACUACAGUGUCUGCACCCACAAUUAAAGUGGCUCCAAGUCAAAACUCAAUAACUAAUGGUACAUUACCAGAACCAAUCGUGGAAAAACAGCAACCCUUGAAUGAAAAUAAGGUUGAUAGUAAUAAUGACGAAAAUACUAAAAAACAGAUUAUCCCUUUGGUGGAACGUGCAAGUAAUUCUAAACCUUUCCCUCCCUUUUUAACUGAUUUGGAUCCAACAAAAAUACUUCCAGAAUUUAAAAAACAAACUGACGAUUAUUACUUAUUACACAACCCAGAAUUACCCAAGACUCUCGACAUAGAGCUACAUAAAUCCCUUGAUCACUCCUCAGUGGUAUGUUGCAUAAGAUUUAGCAACGAUGGUAAGUACCUUGCUACAGGAUGUAAUCGAACUACACAAGUAUAUGAAGUGGCCACCGGGAACCUCACAGCGAGAUUAACAGACGACUCUACAACGAAGACAGACGAUCCACAGGAGGACAAUCAUGAGACUGAUGGUGGUUCAACCGAUCUGUAUAUUCGAUCUGUGUGUUUCUCACCAGAUGGGAAAUUUCUGGCAACAGGGGCAGAAGACAAAUUGAUUAGAAUAUGGGAUAUUGAACGUCAGGAGAUCGUCACUGUACUACGGGGCCAUGAACAAGAUAUUUAUUCACUAGAUUAUUUCCCUCAUGGUGACAAACUUUUAUCAGGAUCUGGGGACCGUACUGUUCGUAUCUGGGACUUGACAACAGGUGAAUGUUCAUUGACUUUAUCCAUUGAAGACGGUGUUACCACAGUGGCCGUCUCGCCAGAUGAUGGUAAGUAUAUUGCAGCAGGAUCUCUGGACCAUUCUGUUAGAGUAUGGGAUUCACAGACUGGAUUCCUACUGGAGAGACUUGACUCUGAAAAUGAGCACGGGAACGGUCAUAAGGAUUCUGUAUACAGUAUUAUGUUCACAAAAAACGGUACUGGUAUUGUAUCGGGGUCACUUGAUAAGACAGUAAAAUUAUGGGACUUAACUGAUUCAAACCAAACUGGGGCCAAGAGGAAUGGUACUUGUAUGGCUACAUAUGUUGGCCACAAGGAUUUCGUAUUAUCGGUAGGAACAAUGGAUAGUGACAAAUAUAUACUGUCUGGUUCAAAGGAUCGUGGGGUUAUAUUUUGGGAUAUGCAAACAACAGAUCCUUUACUAAUGUUACAGGGUCAUAACAACUCUGUGAUUUCAGUAUCCAUUGCAAAUGAAUCUGUAUUUCCUGACAAAUGUAAGAUAUUUGCCACUGGCUCGGGUGAUUGUAAGGCCAGAAUAUGGAAACUGAUUGAAAAGAACUAG